AUGGACAUCGAUACAAAAGAUUAUUUAUAUGUGUCUUACCGCUCAUUUAUCGAUAAUGAUUGGAAACUAAACAAGAGAAUAUUGAUUUUUUUCAUAUCAAGUCAUAAAGGUGAAGCUAUUGGAAAGGACAUUGAGAAAUGCUUGCUUGCUUGGGGUAUUGAGAAUGUUAUGACUGUUACGGCAGAUAAUGCAAGUUCAAAUGAUACCGCUAUUGUUUAUCCGAAAAAAAGACUCAACAAUUGGAGGACAAGUGUUGUGAAAGGAGAGUUUUUGCAUGUAAGAUGUAUUGCUCAUAUCAUGAACCUAGUUGUCACUGAUGGUGUGAAACUAGUUAGCGAUUCACUUCAUAGAGUUCAAAAUGCUGUAAGAUUUGUUAGGUCAUCCUCCAAUAGAGUUGAGAAGUUCAAAAGAUGUGCUGUUGUAGAGAAAAUUUCAACUCAAAGCAUGUUGUAUUUUGAUGUUCCAACUCGAUGGAACUCAACUUACUUGAUGUUGAACACAGCGAUAAAAUUUAUAAAUUCCUUUGAAAGAUUUGAUGGUGAAGACAAUCAUUAUCAUGAUGAUCUUUGGGAUGUCAACGGUUAUGGGAAUGGGUUAGGGAAGCCUGUAUUUGAGGACUGGGAUCAUGUGAAGAACUUGAUAAUAUUAUUGGAGGCUUUCUAUAGUUUGACUUUGCGUGUCUCAGGUUCAUUGUAUGUUACUUCUGACACUUAUUUUCAUGAGUGUGAUAAGUAUUGGGGUGAUCCUACAAAAUUUGAUGUGAUGCUAUUUUUGUCUGCUGUACUUGAUCCACGAUAUAAAUGGGAAUGGGAGUGUGUGGAGUAUGGGAUCUAUCAAAUGUAUGAAACUGACGUAGCUUUAGUUGUUUGCACUCGAGUGAAAAAGGCUUUUAGGGACAUCUUUUAUGAGUAUAGCCAUAGGGACUCACUAGGAGCCAAUCGACCAACUUGUACUCAAACCGGGGUUCCCUAUUUUAUUGGGGUAGGUGUUGAAACAAGUAAAGAGAACAAGGCAAUUAUAAGGGCUCGAUAUAAGAAACUUAAAGCCACCAAAGAGGACGGGGAUUCCAAAUCAGAGAUAGAAAAGUAUUUAGAUGAGGAAACUGUAGAAGAUGUCGAUGAUUUUGAUAUAUUGGAACGUUGUAAAACCAAUACAUUACGAUUUCCUACUCUUUCACUCAUAGCUCAUGAUGUUUUGGCUAUUCCUGUUUCGACCGUCGCAUCUGAGAGUGCUUUUAGCACCGAAGGUCGAGCUCUUGACCAUUUGGGAGUUCAUUAA